CUCUCGUCGACGUUCGGGGGGCGGGACCUACUAACAUUUGUUUUGAAAGAUGUCAUUGGUGAGAGGAGCGAUGAUAACUGCGUCCAAGUCCAAAGUAUUGAGCCUUGCCAGGGCAUCUACUGUUCUGAAUAACAUCAGUGUGAGCCAGCAGUUACACCGGGUUCCUCAUAUCCCUCUACCCCGGUACACAGCGGGGCUUCGGGGCUUCAGCAGCGCCACAGCCCGGGAGGAGGCAGCGGUGUCAGGUCCGUCUGAAGAUAAAGUGUACCUCACGGAGUCAUGCGUGAAGAGACUAGGGGAAAUCAUGGAGAAGGGCGAGUACCUCAGAAUACAUGUGGAAGGAGGAGGCUGCUCCGGGUUCCAGUACAAGUUUUCUGUUGUUGGAAACAAGACUGAAGAAGACAGAGUGUUUGAGCAGGGAGGAGUGGGCAUCAUCGUGGAUCAGGACAGCCUGGAGUUUGUGAAAGGAGCCACUGUGGACUUCACCCAGGAGCUGAUCCGCUCCACCUUCCUAGUGUUGAAGAAUCCCCAAGCCGAUCAUGGCUGCUCCUGUGGCAGCUCCUUCUCUGUCAAACUAUGAGCCCCUCUGUGUCAGUAUUAGUUAUUACCCUGAUUUACCAGUUUAUUAGAAUAUAAGAAUACAAUCUUAAUACAUAAAAUAACGAUUACCAUAAAAUCUCUGACCAAAAAAUAUAUUAUAAGCUUCACAAAGAUAUAAUUAAUUGCAGGGUUGUUAUAUGCUUUGACGGUGUACCUAAUGAACUGGUAACUCAGGGUAUUAUAUUGUAUUGGACACCAAUAUUUCACUAAUAACACAGCUAGUGACACAGUGACAAUGUUAGAUAAUCUUUUCCCCUGAGAAAUGUGUUGUUGUUUUUUUAGGUGUCAAACUACUUAAACAGAAAGGAAAGGUAUCAAUUAAUCAUUGCAUUAUUUUGCAUAUAGUGAGUCAGGAAAGCUCAUUGACAGCUGAGUUCAUCAACUGUAAUUUGACAUUAAUUCAAACAAAGCAAAGGUGUGCAGUGCUUAGAUUUACCUUUGUGUGUAAAAUAUGUAAAUAGACUAUAUCUAUGAAGAGCUAAGCUUUAUUAUAUUUGUGUAAUCUGAAAUAAAAUGGAGUGAAUUUCA